AUGGAGAAUCCACCACAGUCGCUGUCAGGGCUCAUCGCCACCGUCUGCCGCCAGGCGUCGAACCCUCCGCCCUACUUUCCUCCCGAGUCGACCGCUGCGGCGUCCACGUCCACGUCCGCGUCCUCAACGGUCACGGAUGAUCCGGCGCUCACCACGCUAUCGCUGCUGCAGCGUGCGCAACAGCUGGCCAGCUCGCUCUCGGUCGUGAGCGACAACGAUGCGCUGCGCGACAUCUCGACGUCGUCGCUGCGGGUCCUGUUCCUCGAUAGCCUUCGGGCCGAGCUCGAGAUCCAGGUGAGGACCGGGCGCGACCACGCGGCGCGCAAGGCGCGGCUGCGCUCCAGCCUCGUCGCGUCGGCCCGCUUCCUCUCGCGGAUGGCCGAGCUCAACGUGCUCCCGCCGCAGACGCGCUCCCUUGUCGUGCAGCUGCUCACCUCGGCCCGCCUCGCCUCGGUGCUCGGCCACGCUUCGGAGGCGGGCGAGGCGGCGGCGGCGACGAACCUGCUCGACAACCUCGAGCUGCCCGCCGGUGCGCCGAGGAUGCCCCCGCGCGACCUCAAGAUCACGUCGUUCAAGCUGGAACGCGCCCUCAAGCAGAGCCUCGACGAGUUCAGGAGCGCCUUCGCGCAGUCCAAGCUGUCGCAGCGCGGCCUCGAAAAGCAACCCGCCGACCCCUUCUUUGACCUCCUCCUCUUCUCGGCAGAGGACAUGCGACACUCCGCUGCGGGCCGCAGUCGGGGCGGUCUCGACGGCGACGAAGACGAUGACGACGACGACGACGAAGAUGACGAGGAAGAGGACGCAGGGAGCGGCGCUGCGGCCGAUUCGGCCCCGUCGGCCGAGUCGAGACCCAGGGACGUGCGCCAGUACCUGCUGCUGCUGCUCAACUACCAUUCGCUCAAGACGGCCUCGCUCGUCUCGUCGUCGUCGCAGGAGCUCGAGCUGCUACAGAACAUGCCUCCACCGCCUCCCGACGCGCCCUCGGACGCGACGGCCGCCAGGGACGCGGAGCAGGAUGCAGAGUGGCGUCUCGACUCGUCGCUGCGAGCCGGAAAGGGGUGGAGCGGCCCACUGCUCGACGAGCGCGGCAAGCCCAUGCGUCCCUUCACCAUCACCUCGUCCUCGUCGGGCGCUGCGGCCGGGGCGGACCGGCAGAGCAUCAAGGACUCAGUCUUCCGGCCCAGCCACCGCCUGCCCACGAUGAGCAUCGACGAGUUCCUUGACGAGGAGCAGCGCAGGGGCAACAUCCUCACGGGCGGAGGCCACGAGGGCGCCGCCAAGGCCACGCCGCGCGAGGCGCGUGCCCUCCGCGCCGAAAACGACGGCACGCGCGAGGCCGAAGAGGCCGAGGAAGAGGCCAGGCUCGAGGCCGUCAACUGGGAUCGCUUCACAGAGGAGAACAAGCGCGGCGCCGGCAAUACCAUGAACCGCGGCUGA